AUUAAAAUACAGUGAUAAAUUCAUUAUAUAUAUAUAUAUAGUGAUAAGACCCGAGAGGAAACAUGUGCUAGUUUUUUUAUUUUAUUUUUAUCGGUGCCAAUGAGAAUUUCAUUCAUUAGUCUGAAAAGUAUAAGGGAAAAUGCUCGAAAAAAAAAAAAUUACUUAAUGGAGCAUCUCACCAACGCCUUCUCGGUGCUGGAGCUCGACGCCGGUGACGAUCGACUCCCCGCCUCCGACUCCGCCUCUGCCACCGCCGCGGCCCAGAGCUCCGAGAAUGGCGGAGCCAGCAGCUCAGGUAGCAAACAAAAGAAGGCAAAUGGAUCAAAUAACAAUGCCUUGGGUAAGAUUGAGAAACAGAUAGAAGUGACAGCAGCGCUUCCGGAAUACAAGCUGCCUCUUGUGUGGAUUGACUUGGAAAUGACCGGCCUGGAUGUUGAAGUGGACAGGAUACUAGAAAUUGCUUGUAUAAUAACAGAUGGAAAUCUUACCAAAUCCAUUGAGGGUCCGGAUCUUGUCAUUCAUCAGAGUCAAGAAUGCUUAGACAGGAUGGGAGAAUGGUGUCAAGAUCAUCAUGCAGCAAGUGGGUUGACAAAGAAGGUGCUUCAUAGUACAAUAAGUGAGAGAGAAGCUGAAAAGCAGGUUAUUGAAUUUGUGAAGAAACAUGUGGGGACUUACACUCCUCUUUUGGCUGGGAACUCUGUUUAUAUGGAUUUUCUAUUUCUAAAGAAGUACAUGCCGGACUUGGCUAGUCUUUUUUCUCAUGUGCUAGUUGAUGUUAGCAGUGUGAAGGCUCUUUGCAUACGGUGGUAUCCCAGAGAUCAGAAGAAGGCACCUUCCAAGGAAAAUAAGCAUAGAGCCAUGGAUGAUAUCCGCGAAAGCAUCAUGGAGCUCAAAUACUACAGGGAGAACAUAUUUAAACCCCGAUCGAAGAAGUAGCGAGACAAUACUCUGUUGAAGACCCAGUAUUAAUGAGUUGACAAAGCAAGAUGCUGGCUGGGUGGAGAUGUGUGUAAUGGGCUCAUGUGGCUUAGGUAGAUACACGGAGUUUGUUGCUGUUCCAUUAUGCUUGCUAUAUACGGUAAAUCCUAAGCUCGGUGUAAUCAGUAACUAAUCGACUGUUAGAAUCUUCCGACUCAUUGUUUUUUGCUACAUGUAGUUGCAUGUUCGAAAUAUCUAUAUAUCGAAUUGCAGAAAUGUUUAUCAUGAGA